AUGUACAAAAUCGAAAAUUUAGCCGAUCUGCUCAAAGGUCGCCUAGACGAAGACCUUGAAUUCGUUAGCUACAGUGCCAAGAGUUUAACAGGGCCGGGAGAAAAUUAUGGAAGUGUGAUGUUAAGUGUUGAAAUCAAGUGCAAGAAUAAGAAAUUUGAUAAAGAGGAGAUUAUAUAUGCAGUUGCAAAAACUCCACCACAAAACGAAUUCAUGCAGCAAAUUUUUCAAACGAAAGUAACAUUUAAGGCUGAAAUCGAGUUCUAUAAAACGAUAUUCCCUUUGAUGCAAGAAUUGCAAAAGAAACAUGGAAUGAAACCGCUGGAAUAUCAUGCUAAAUUGUUAGGUGAAAGAUUAAACCUACAAAACACUGAUGUAGUAGAUUCAAAUGCUGUUUUAUUGCUUGAAAAUAUUGCAGUGAAAGGGUUUAAAUGCGCCGAUAGAAUAAAAGGUUUUAAUUUUGAAACCAUAAAGCUAAUUUUGCAAGAUUUAGCAAACUUCCAUGCCACCGGUAUCGCUUUAAAGUUGCAGUGCCCCGAUGACUUCAAUAAAAAAGUAAAACCCUUUUUAAACCUGAUGAUUUAUGGAGAAACCGCUGGAGGAGAGAAAGAUACGUUCUUGGAGGACACAAUCAGAAUAUCCAAGGAAGCUAUAAGCGAGAACCAUGAAUUAAAAAAAUAUGUACCUGCUUUUCUCAACAUAAUCGAAAAAAAAUUUGAUCAAACAGCCAAAGAACCAUUCGCCACCAUAGUUCAUCAGGAUCUCUGGGUGAACAACUUAAUGUUAAAAGAAGAAAACGGAAAAUUCAUCGAAAAUAAAUUUGUUGACUUCCAAGUCACUCGUUUCCUAUCUCCAGCCGACGAUGUGCUCUUCAUUCUUCUAACAAGUAUAGAAAAUGAUAUUCUCAUAGAAAAAUUCGAUUAUCUAAUUCAAUUUUACUACGAGCACUUUUUAGCUGCCCUUAAAAAGCUCGACGUGAACACGGAACCUUUCUCAGAAGAAGCCUUUGAACAAGAGAUUAAGAAUGCAUAUCCACGCCAACUACAUCAUACAGUAUGCAUGCUAUAUCCUAUUUUUAUGGACAAAUCCAAAGCGAUGGAUUUGACGGAGUUCGAUCCUGAAACUGCUCCACCAAUGGAAGCGUCCAAUGCACAAAAAAGAAAUAUGACUGAAGUAGAAACAGCUACAAAUGAUUUUUUAUCCUGGGCAACCUCUGAACUUUUAAAACAAGACUUGCAACAAAUUGAGAUGGAAGAGGAUUUUGCUGAAAAUCGUCACAGAACUAAAAAAAAGUUUUUGGACGAGAAAGCCUAUGACGAACAACCUCAAACACUUAAAGAUAAAAUUUGA